AUGUGGUUCACUUAUCUGAUGAUAUAUCUCGAAAAAGUUCUCAAAUUCCGAAGUUCACGGGCAGGAUUAUUGAUGUUGAUUGGACAAGUAACAGAUGCUGUGUCCACUCCUAUUAUUGGUAUUGCUAGCGAUUCAAGUGUAUUGCCAAAAAUCUUUGAUAAAAUUGGUCGGAGAAUGUCGUGGCAUAUAAUAGGUACUAUCUUUGUAUCUAUUUCAUUCCCCUUCAUAUUCAAUCGCUGCUUAUUCUGUUCGGAGGAUCAAUCUGAGUGGUUGAAGGUUCUAUGGUUUAUUCCUUUCAUUAUGGUUUUCCAAUUUGGAUGGGCGUCGGUGCAGACCUCACAUCUAGCGCUAAUACCGGAACUAUCUUCACUUGAUAGUAGUCGAACUACGAUGAACUCACUAAGAUAUUCAUUCACUGUUGUAGCAAAUCUCUCAGUGUUUCUUGUUCUUGCUCGGUUUUUGUCUGAAAAUACGCAUCAGUCGCAAAUCGGACCCGCUGAUUUUCAGCAUUUCCGGACUGCUGGUUUUCUGGUCGUAGCAGGAGGACUGGCAGUCACUAUGCUGUUCUACCUGCUUGUUCGUGAACCUAAAUUUGGAAGGAGAUUGAGUCGUGCCCAUUCCUUUUCAUCCGAUGCAAGUGAGCUUGUAAGAAUGCACUGGACAAGCUGGUUUGGCCAUAUACAGUUUUACCAGAUUGCUCUUCUGUACAUGUUAUCUCGCUUAUACGUCAAUAUAUCACAAGUUUACUUUCCGUUUUAUAUAACACUGACACAGAAUUAUGAGAAGAAAUAUGUCGCUAUAUUCCCUAUGGUCUCCUAUCUUUCAUCGUUUCUG